CCCCCGCUGUCCCCCUCCCUUGCAGGUGAGGAGGACGAGGAGGAGGAGGAGGAGGAGGAGGCUGAAGGCGGCGGCGGGGAGGCCACCCCCCGGCCCUACCGCUGCGGCGAGUGCGGCAAAGCCUUCGCCCAGAGCUCCAACCUCCUGAAGCACCGGCGGGUGCACACGGGCGAGCGGCCCUACCGCUGCGGGGAGUGCGGCAAGGCCUUCGGCUGGAGCUCGUCGCUGCUGGAGCACCGCAAGGGCCACGCCGGCGCCAAGCCCCACGCCUGCGGCGAGUGCGGCAAAGCCUUCAGCCGAGGGUCCACCCUCCUGGAGCACCAGCGGACCCACACCGGCGAGAAACCCUUCCGCUGCGGGCAGUGCGGCGCCCGCUUCAGCCAGAGCUCCACCUUGGUCCACCACCGCCGGACCCACACCGGCGAGCGGCCCUACGGCUGCCCCGAAUGCGGCCGCGCUUUCGGUCGUAAGUCCACCCUGGCCACCCACCGGCGGACCCACACCGGCGAGCGGCCCUACGGCUGCCCCGAGUGCGGCCGUCGCUUCGCCGUCAGCUCCGACCUGGCCAAGCACCGGCGCGGGGCUCACGGCGGGCACCGGUGCCGGGACUGCGGCGAGCAGUUCCCCCGGCCGGCGGCGUUGGCCGGACACCGUAAGAAGCAUCACGGCGGCGACGCCGGGGAUCGGGGCGCCGCCGGCGAGGACCGCGACGGCGAUGACCGCGGCGACGACCGGCCGCACCGCUGCGAGGAGUGCGGCCAGGCCUUCCGGCACGGCGGCACCCUGCUGCUCCACCGGCAGACCCACGCCGGUGCCUUCGCCUGCCCGCUCUGCCCCGAGCGGUUUGAGGGCAGCGCCCAGCUGGCCCGGCACCGCCGGCGGCGGCACGGUCCGGCAGCCAAGCCCUACCGCUGCGAGGCUUGCGGCAAAGCCUACGCGCAGCCGGCCGGGCUGCGGCACCACCAGCCCGAGCAGCCCCUGGGCUGUCCCCACUGCGGAGCCGCCUUCCUUUGGAGCUGCCGGUUAGCCCGGCACCUCCGCGCUUGCCGCCCGCCCGCCAAGCCCUACAAGUGCCCGGAGUGCGGCAAAGCCUUCGGGCAGAGCUCCAAGCUCCUCCGGCACCAGGUGACCCACACCGGCGAGAAGCCCUACAAGUGCCCCGAGUGCGGCAAGAUCUUCAGCCAGAGCUCCAACCUGGCCGAGCACCGGCGGACCCACGGGGCGGGCGAGCGGCACUUCUGCCCGCUCUGUGGCAAGGGCUUCGCCCUCGGCUCCUACCUGGCCAAGCACCGGCUGACCCACACCGGCGAGCGGCCCUACCGCUGCACCGAGUGCGGGAAGGCGUUCCGGCAGAGCUCCAACCUCAUCCAGCACCAGCGCACCCACACCGGCGAGCGACCCUACACCUGCGGGCUCUGCGGCAAGAGCUUCUGCCAGAAUUCCCACCUGGCCAAGCACCGGCGCACCCACACCGGCGAGCGGCCCUACCGCUGCGGGGACUGCGGCAAGAGCUUCCGGCAGAGCGCCAACCUCCUGGAGCACCGGCACACCCACACCGGCGAGCGGCCCUACCGCUGCGCCCAGUGCGGCAAGACCUUCGGGUGGAGCUCGGCCUUCAGCAAGCACCAGCGCACCCACCUCGCCUGGGGCCACGCGUGUCCCUUCACGUGUUCCCAGGGACCACCCGUGUCCCUUCACAUGCUCCCAGGGGCCACGCGUGUUCUUGGCGUGUCCCCGCCAGCCUUUGCGGCAGGAAGCGCCGUUCUCCCGCCACCAUUGUCCGGAACGGGCAAAGAGCCGCCGUUUUGGGUCGAAAAACACCCGGAUUGGGCCUGGCAGCGCCGGGAGCUGCCACAGCAGUCGCGGGGGCAGGCCAGCGCGAUGGAGCCGGGGGUCGAGCCGUGCCCUCCCCGGGAGCGGGGUGACGGGGACCCCCCUACAGAGCCCUGCGCAGGCGCCGCGGCGCCGGCCCGCGGCGGUGGUCGCCCACGCGGCUUCAUCAACCUGCUGGGUCUCCUGGAGGGCGGCCGGACGCCGCCGAAGCCCUACCGCUGCACCGAGUGCGGGAAGGCCUUCGGGCAGAGCUCCAACCUGAUCGAGCACCAGCGCACCCACACGGGCGAGAAGCCCUUCACCUGCGGCCAUUGCGAGAAGAGCUUCAGCCGCAGCUCCACCUUGGCCGAGCACCUCCGGACCCACACCGGCGAGAAGCCCUACACCUGCCCGGUCUGCGCCCGCGCCUUCAGCCGCAGCUCCACCUUGACCGAGCAUCACCGCACCCACACCGGCGAGAUGCCCUACGCCUGCCCCGAGUGCGGGAAGACCUUCGGACGGACCUCCAACCUGGUCAAACACCUCCGGACCCACACCGGGGAGAAACCCUACGGCUGCGGGCGCUGCGGGAAGACCUUCAGCCUCAGCUCCAACCUGGUCAAGCACGAGCGGACCCACACCGGGGAGAAGCCCUUCUCCUGCGGGCAAUGCGGGAAGCGCUUCAAGAAGAAGACCCACUUGGCGUCCCACCAGCGGACCCACACCGGCGAGCGGCCCUACCGGUGCGGGGAGUGCGGGAAGGCCUUCGGGCAGAGCUCCACGCUCAUCGAGCACCAGCGCACCCACACGGGCGAGCGACCCUUCCGCUGCGGCGCCUGCGGCAAGAGCUUCUGCGUCAGCUCCAACCUGGUCAAGCACCAGCGCAUCCACACCGGGGAGAAGCCCUACGGCUGCGGGCGCUGCGGCAAGCGCUUCCGCUACAAGCCCCAGUUCACCCGUCACCUCAAGGUCCACCCCGACGGGGACCCGGCGUGCGGCCCCUAGCGCCCUUGGACAAGGAUCGGGGACGUUCACCAGGACGGGAUGGGCGCCAGCAUCCCCGCGGCGGGGUCCGUCGUGGGGGAACCUCGUUAGGGCCUAACGAAGGAGCCCGGUAGCAUGGCACGGUGUCCACCACGCGAUGGUUGGACCUUGGAGGUGGGUUGGGGACACUCCGGGGACUCAGCGGGACAGGACGGGGUGGUGGCAUCUCCAUGCCGUGGUCCAUCACGGUGGCACCUCGUUAGGGCCUAAUGAAGGAGCGUGGCACCUGGUGGCCCUCACCGCCACACCGUGCCCACCACACUACAUCUGGGCCUAAAGCGGGACCUUGGAGCCACCCUGGGGACACCCAGGGACACCUGGGGACCCCCUGGGGACCCCCUGGGGACACCCAGGGACAUGGCAGGCUGGGGAGGGGUGGCUUCCCCGCAGUCCCUCGUCGCGGCGCCCUCGUUAGCGCCGAGAUGGCGGCAAUAAAGGACCUGGAGCAUCA